UUGCCGCAUUGGAAUACACCACCUACUUAUCUUCACUACCGACAAAUUAGUCAGCUGGUUUAUUAUUAUGAACAAAGUUCAACGUCGGUGUAGUAAAAUGUCACCUGAGGGGUUAAAGAGCCGCAGCUCUUCACGAAGCCGCUGAUGUAUGAUGACAGCUGCACCGCCGCACCCAGCACCGCAGCCGCUGGCGUCGGUUAUAUAACUUUAAGUGUUUGUAGUGUUACUGUAAUAGUUGACUGUAGUUGGCAGGCGGACAUACUGAGGUAAACCACAAUACUGUAGCGUAGCAAUUAACUUAACGGUAAGCCAGGUAAGAGACAAGUAGCGGGACGCCCAUUCAGCUCAACACCUCAAAGGGAAAACUUCCGACAACCAUGGCCUCCACUUCGCCACACAACUUCUCCUGGGUCGAACCGGGCAAACUGGCCGGACUGGCACUGCCCAGGAUGACAUGUGAAUACCAGUACCUGCUGGACAACGGUAUCAAACACCUGGUUUGCCUGUGUGAGAGAAAACCGCCUUACCACGACUCGUGUCCAGAGCUGCAGCUGCACCACAUCAAGAUAGCCGACUUCACUCCUCCUUCACCGAGUCAGAUCGACAGAUUCCUCUCCAUCGUGGAAGAGGCCAACUCAAAGGGGGAGGGCGUGGGAGUUCACUGCAUGCACGGACACGGGAGAACAGGGACCAUGCUGGCCUGCUACCUGGUGAAGACGAGGAAGUUGUCCGGGAUCGACGCCAUCAACGAGAUCCGCAGACUGCGACGAGGCUCCAUCGAAACCCACGAACAAGAGAAGGCCGUGGUGCAGUUUUAUCAGCGCACAAAGUAGCGUAAAGGAACAAAAGCAGACGUACCAGUGGGUUUUUACUGUUAGUAAAGUAAAUACAAUUAUAAAUACAUUAAGUGGAGUGCGCCUUGAUUAUACUGCUAAAUUAAAACUUUAUUAUGUUGGAGUUGGAAAUACAAGAAUGAAUCUUUAAACAGGAUGAAGACAUGUCCUCAAUACUGUACCCGACAUUGACAUUACUCACAGACGAAGCCUGGGACAUUUCACCAAAACAAACAUUUCUACUGUAAAUACAUACGCACGCUGCCUUUUUACAUUACUGUAUACUGUCAUUU